UUUAUUUAUUAAUUUAAGUAAAUAUUUUCCAACAGAUUCUCCAUGGCUUUCGCUUCCCCUUCCCUCGAUGUGGGAGCUUUCUCUCCCACUUUCUUCUUAUCCAAACACUCCUAUUCUCCUCACAAGCCUCGUCAAUGGCGAAUCAUUUCAACCCCAACAUCAGUUCUCCGAGAAUGGAAAGAUUACGAGGACGCAGUCAAGCGCAAGGACCUUGCCGGUGCUCUCAAGUUCUUGAAAACCAGAGAAGAAAAGUCACCCAAUUUGGUGAUUCCCCUUCAACCCUUGAAUGGGUCUUCUUCAAAGUUGGAUCUUUUUGUGUCUGAGAGAGAUUGGGAGGUUUUGGACACUUGUCUUAAUGCUGAUGAUUUGAGACUUGUUGCUAAUGCUUAUGCAUUUCUCAAGGACAGAGGUUUCUUGCCCAAUUUUGGAAAAUUCAGGAAUAUUGUUUUAGAGGGACCAAGGAAUGUUACUCCAACUGUAUUGAAGACUUCAACUGGUUUAGAAGUGUCCAAAUUUGCUCCAAAGAAGUGGGGUCUUUCCGGGACUUCCCAGCUUACUUUGAUCGCUUUUCUUGGCGGGACAUCUUUUCUUCUUUAUCAAGGCAUUGAUUUUAGGCCGAACCUUGCAGCAGUAUUGGGUUUAGCAUUUGUAGAUUCUACAUUCCUUGGUGGUUGUUGUUUAGCUCAAUUGUCAAGUUAUUGGCCUCCGCAUAGACGUAGGAUACUCGUUCAUGAAGCAGGGCAUCUCUUAAUCGCUUACUUGAUGGGUUGCCCGAUUCGUGGGGUCAUUCUAGACCCGAUUGUUGCAAUGCAGAUGGGUAUUCAAGGACAGGCCGGAACUCAGUUUUGGGACGAGAAAAUGUCUAAUGACCUAACCGAAGGACGACUUGAUGGUACCGCCUUUGACAGAUACUGUAUGGUGCUUUUUGCUGGCAUUGCUGCUGAAGCUCUUAUAUAUGGUGACGCCGAAGGUGGAGAAAAUGAUGAAAAUCUCUUUAGACGCACUAGUACUCUUCUGCAACCCCCGUUAUCUGUAGCUGAGAUGUCGAAUCAAGCAAGAUGGUCUCUUCUACAAUCAUACAAUCUGUUGAAGUGGCAUAAACAUGCACACCGAGCUGCUGUUAAAGCUCUGGAAAGUCGUUGCAGUCUAAGCGUUGUAAUACAAAGAAUCGAGGAUGCCAUGUCAACUGAUAGAUGAGUGGCAAAGAGUAUAAAUCUAUUAUAAUUGGUUUAGAUUCGGUUUGUAGUGUUUUCAUCAUCGCAACCACAAACCGAUGAAGUGAAAUAACAGCGAAUAUGGAAAAUAGAAGUGUUUCAAUUAAAAAUAAGGAUCCCAUGUACACGAAAUGCUCCAUUAAAGUAUUUGGAGCUCCCGAUUUUAGAGUUCGAACAACAGUUCGACAAAUGGAUGUUUAUUAAAUACUAGAAGAGUGGUGUUGCAGAACUUCCGAACCGGGUACAAUUGGUAAAGCUUUCUUCUUCAUCAGCCCAUUAUGUUUUAUCUUUCCCAUAUCAGGAAGAGGACUUUUACAUGGUUUGUUCUUGCCUAAAUCUUCUGUAUCUAAUGAAAGAAUAAAAUUGGUGAAGGAAACAUUAAUUCACAAUUGAUUUGUUUGUGUGCAAAUGCAUUCCUCUGAAAAUGCAUUAAGACUUUGGACAUAGUUCUCUUGUAGUCACAUUUGUAUAAUGCCAAAAAUACAAUGAUAUUUGUAGUA